GGGGCUGGGAUUCCAGCGGGCCCUGCCACGGGACCCCCCGGCCGAUGGCGCUGGUCAGCGGGCUGGUGCCGGCCCGGUUCCUGACCCUCACGGCCCACCUCGUCCUCGUCAUCAGCCUCUUCUGCUCCCGGGAUCCUCCAAGGCCACCCCUCGCACAGCAGGGCCUUCCAUCUCUCUCACACAUCAGGCCUCUCCCAGCCCCCAGCGUGUGCACCUGGAUGCACGCUCACCGCGCACACACGGUCGCUUUCCAGAGGACAACAACGUCCUCGCCUCGCUGCCCCUGCAGUACAGCCAGCAGCAGUAUCAGCGCCAGGACCUGGAGCUGGUGGUGGCCCUGUCAGUGACGCUGGGCUUGUUCGCCGUGGAGCUGGCCGGCUUCCUCUCCGGGGUGUCCAUGUUCAACAACACGCAGAGUCUGCUCUCACUGGCCGCUCACUGCAGUGCCUCCAUCUGCCUCUCCUUCUUCAUCUUGGAGCGCUGGGAGAGCGCCACCUACUGGUACAUCCUGGCCUUCUGCAGAAUGGCCUACAAGGAGAAUGUGACCCCUGGUACCAGCAUCAGCCUGGCCAAGUAUGGGGUGCUGAACGGGCCAGGCCCCCAGCGAGUCCCCCGGAAGGAUCCCUACAUGCCCAGUGGCACCCCCUCCGAGUCGCUGCUGGCACAGAGAGCCAUGGCCAGCACCAAUAAGAUUAUCCUGAAGUCCUCCAGCAUCCAGAAGCCAGCUGUCCCGGGCAGGGUGCCCGCUGAACCCAGCUCCGGUCCCCAGGCGGCUCAGCCCACCCCACAGCGAGUCUUUACCAUCAAUGACUUUGAGAUCGGGCGCCCGCUGGGCAAGGGGAAGUUCGGGAACGUGUACCUGGCCCGGGAGCGGGCGUCCCGGUUCAUCGUGGCGCUCAAGGUGCUCUUCAAGUCGCAGAUGGAGAAGGAGGGCGUGGAACACCAGCUGCGGCGGGAGAUCGAGAUCCAGUCCCAUCUCCAACACCCCAACAUCCUGCGCCUCUAUAAUUACUUCCAUGACAAGAAGCGGGUCUACCUGAUCCUGGAGUACGCGCCCCGCGGCGAGCUCUACAAGGAGCUGCAGAAAUGCCGGCAGUUCAACGAGCAGAAGACCGCCACGCUCAUGGAGGAGCUCGCUGACGCACUCAUUUACUGCCACGCCAAGAAGGUGAUCCACCGCGACAUCAAGCCGGAGAACCUCCUCAUGGGCCUCAAGGGCGAGCUCAAGAUCGCCGACUUCGGCUGGUCCGUGCACGCGCCCUCGCUCAGGCGGAGGACCAUGUGCGGCACGCUGGAUUACUUGCCCCCCGAGAUGAUCGAGGGCAAGACGCACGACGAGAAGGUGGAUCUGUGGUGCAUCGGGGUCUUGUGCUAUGAGCUCCUGGUGGGGCAGCCGCCCUUCGAGAGCUCCACCCACACGGAGACGUAUCGCCGCAUCACCAAGGUGGAUCUGCAGUUCCCGCCGUUCAUGUCGGAAGGCUCCCGGGACCUGAUCUCCAAGCUGCUGCGCCAUAACCCCGCCGAGCGGCUGCCGCUGCAGGCCGUGCUGGAGCACCCCUGGGUGAAGGCCCACUCCCGCCGGGUGCUGCCGCCCGUCUUCAACCCCGCCCCUGCCAACUAGCCCUGCCCCGCGGCCUCUUUCAUCCCUCGGCCGGGGCGGGUAAUGGGGCCAGUCCCCGCCUCCUCCGCCUGGCCUCCCUCGGUGCUGCCCCCCCUCGGCCGGUCCCGGGCAGGGGGCACGGGCUGACACGCCCGCUCGGGCCUGUAGAUAAAGGUGCGGCUGCCAGUCCCUGGCAGGUUUCCCAGCUGGGGGGAUCUGGCUCCAGGACCCCCUCCCCAGUUGGCCCUUUCGCUGGCUGCCUUCCCAGGUGUCGGGCUAGCCCCCCUCACUCCCAGAGGGGCAGCGGGUCCCUGCCUGCCUCUCCUUUCCUGCCAGGGGGCCGGGGGAUGCCCCGGCAUGGCCUGUUUUAAAUGUCUCCGCGGGAGGCUGCAUGCCCCCUGCCCUCCUUUUAAUAAAAUUUGGAGUUACUUUGC